AUCGCAAAGGAGGAAGCUGUCCUACCAGCCGCUCUCUUCCCGUCUCUCUGUGAGCUCAUCUUUCACAACAACCCUCUGGUGGCCCAUACACGAGGGGUCCCUCCACUGCUCAAGAGCUUCCUCCAGGAGCGACUAGGUAUCCGCUUAAUUCGAAGGAAGACAGUAAAGGCCAGGCAUCACAUUUUGAUGCCUCGGAAGGAAUCACGGAAGAUAAAAACCCAGGUCCCAAAGGUGCCGAAGCAGCCUCUGCUGCUCCAUCAGCCACAUGUGACCACAAGCAAGUCUCCCUCAAGGGAUAUGCUGGAGUCAGAGGCAGGGCUGACUGAAGAGCUGCCCACUGCCAGAAGGGCCUACCUGGAUCCAGAGAUGCCUGCUGAGGACCUGGAAAGCCUUUCUCUGUCUCACCGGACCUUCGUGCCAAUGCCUCCUAUCUGCUCUGACUCCACUGUGCACACUGAAGAGACUGCGUCACGCCCGAGUGACACAGCCAUCCACCCAGAGCACCCAUCAGAUGAGGACACCAAGAGCACAGAGUCCAUCUUUCUGACCCAGGUGAGUGAGCUUCCUUCCUCCAUCAUCCAUAGGGAUGAUUUAGAGGUGAAAGAAAAAGACCAAAGGAGACCACCAAUAGCACCCAGAGAGGUGAAGAGGACUCGGAGGAGGCUCCUAUCUGCCUCCCUUCCCAGCAAGUACCAUGGCUAUGAAGAGCUGCUGACAGCCAAGCCUGAUCCAGCCUUCAUUGAGCCAAAGGGAAUCCAGAAGAAUGCACAGGCCCUGCAGCACAUGCUGAAGUACCCACUCCUGUAUCGCUCCUCCAAACCCAAGCUGGAUACACUUCAGAAGCCCUAUGUUUCCAGAGAGAAACAGGCGCGAAGGAUCCCAAUUCCGCCCCCUCGGAAGACUCGAACCCAGCUGCUGGAUGACAUCCUCCUUCGCAUGCGGGACCCCCGGAACAUUACAGAGGCUCCCCUAGGUGCUGUCCUGCACCGGCGGACUGAGCAGCGGCUGAUGAACCAGAAGCAGUACCUGGAGGCCAAACGGCUGCUGAAGGAGUUUCGGGCACGCUACCGGCGGUUGGUGCGCAGCUCUCUGCAGACGGUGUUUGGGGCCACCCCGUUGCCCCCAGCCCGCCCGGCUCUAAGUGAGGGCCAGCCCAAGUUCGGCCGCUUCCUGGAGUUCAUGGAUGAGUUCUGCCAGGAGCCCGUGACCAGCGACUCGAAAGGCUAGGACUUGCACAGGGCUGCACCCCAGGCCUCCCCAAGGGCUCUCUGCCUCAGGCCAGCUGGUCCGGAUGUGGGCCUCAGAGCUGUGUUUGACCAGCUUGUUGGUCGCUGAGCAGGAAGCUCAUCAGGACCUCCUCUCCCUGGCUGGGCAUUACCUGGUGCCCUGCCCAGUAGCAAUAAAGUGUGGAUGCACGGGA